AAAUACAAUUUUAUUUAAAAAUGGAUGCAGACACAAUUGAUAAAUUAAUAUUAAGUAGUAAUUUAUUAACAGAACAAUUAGCGAAUAUAAAAGAUGAGCAAGAUCGCGAUAAUUGUGUUCAAGAAUAUUUAAAAAGUGUUAAAAUCAAACGAAUCUGUGAUUUUCCGAAAGGAGCUGAAUGGUUUAAUGUCUCUGAAUAUUUAUCUAUCAAAGAUUUAGAGGGGAAAAUUGUUGUUUUGGACUUUUUUACUUAUUGUUGUAUAAACUGUAUGCAUAUUUUGCCAGAUUUAAAAGCAUUAGAAGAAGAAUUUUCUAUAGAAGAUGGACUUGUCGUGGUGGGGGUCCAUAGUGCAAAAUUUGAAAAUGAAAAGCAAUCUCAGAAUAUUCUAGCGGCUGUUCAAAGAUAUAAUAUAUCUCAUCCUGUAGUAAAUGAUGCAAAUGCAGAAUUUUGGAAUAAUUUAAAUAUAUGUUGUUGGCCAACAUUAUUAAUAUUAGGUCCAAAUGCAAAUCCCUUAUAUUUGCUUAUGGGCGAAGGUCAUAAAGAUGAAAUAUUUUUAUUUGUAAGGAAUGCUUUAAAUUUUUAUAAAAAUCAAAAUAACAUUAAACACGAUUCAUUACCUAUUUUAUCUGCGAGUCAUUUGCUAACAAAAACAAACGGACCAUUACUAUUUCCUGGAAAAGUAACAUGCCUUCGAAAUAAUACAACGGACAUUUUGGCAAUAUCUGAUACAGGUCAUCAUCGAAUUAUAAUUUCUGCAGAUAAUGGACAAGUAUCAUAUGUAAUUGGUGGAAAUGGACCUGGUCUUAAAGAUGGGGAUUUUUCUACUGCUUUAUUUAAUGCUCCGCAAGGUUUAGUAUUUGAGGAUGAGAAUAUUUUGUAUGUGGCCGAUACGGAAAAUCAUGCAAUAAGAAAAAUUAACUUAAAAGAACGAUUUGUACAAACGAUUGCUGGCACAGGAGAACAAGGUAUUGAUCGAGCUGGAGGAAAGAUUGGAACUGAUCAAGAAAUAUCAUCACCAUGGGAUUUGUGCCUUUUUACAACACCAGAUUUAGAUAUGAGUUUUCAUGGACCAAAUGAUUCUGUGGUUACCAAAAGAGUAUUGUUAAUUGCUAUGGCGGGUACACAUCAAAUAUGGGCAUUAUUUUUGGAUAACAUUAUAUGGUGGAAAUUUAAAAUAUAUUCAGCUGGUACGUGUUUAGCAAUUGCUGGUUCUGGCAGGGAAGAAAAUAGAAACAAUUUAUACCCUCAUGCAGCUGCAUUUGCCCAACCUUCUGGUAUUGCAUUAGACGCUGAAAAUAAAGACUUGUAUAUAGCGGACAGUGAAAGCUCGAGUAUUCGUAGGUUAUCAUUGCUAGAUGGAAAAGUUACAGCGGUUGUUGGUGGAAAUCGAUCUCCUACAAAUUUAUUUGAUUUUGGUGAUAUUGACGGACAACAAUAUAAUGGAAAGUUACAGCAUCCAUUGGGUGUUGCAAUGGGCGUUAAUGGAACAGUUUAUGUAGCUGAUUCAUACAACCAUAAAAUAAAGAAAAUUAACACCAUAACAAAUACAAUCAGUUCACUUUAUGGUACUGGUAAAGCAGGCAAUAGUCAAUCAAAAUCACCAAUUCAAUUUAACGAACCAGGUGGAUUAUGUAUUUCAAAUAAUCCAGAUAUCCUCUACGUGGCCGAUACGAAUAAUCAUUGCAUUAAAUCAAUAAAUUUAACAAAGAAACAAACCUAUUCAGAAAUUAAUUUUAUAUUACCUGACAAUUCAAUUAAAUCAUCAACGAAAUUGAAAGAUUUUAUAGAAGUGAGUGCAAACGGAGCAGAUUGCUUGUUACAUUUUAAUUUCGAAUCGGAAUCGUCCGAUAUUAAAAUCACUCCGCAAGCUCCAAACAAAGUAAUAUUCAAGUUUAAUAGAGAUUAUGUUGUUGAACAACCAGAAUUUACAAAUCCAAUGACUAUUAAAUUAAAAAUACCUAAAACAAAGGUGUCGACCCAUGAGAUUAUAAUUAAAAUUAAUAUUGUGAUAUGUAAAAAUAAUAAAUGUAUGCCAUUAAGUGCAACACUAGGUUUAAAUGUUGUAUUUAUAACAAACGGUGCUACUAAUGUUACAAAAAAAUUAGAUUUUUUAAUGUCUUCUAAGGAAUUAAUACUAAAAUAGUUUUUUUUUUUAAUAUUUAAAUUAUGCAAUUGGUCUAGAUUUUUUUUAUAAAUUAAACUAUACAGCUAUAGACUGGAUUUACCGGACUAAUUUUUAUAUUUGCUCAUUCGGGAUAUUUUAGAAAAAGAAAAACAACGAGAACAUUAUAAUAAGCCUUUUGGAAAUGCAACCUGUUUGCAAAAGAGUAAGGGAAAUGAAAUACGUCGCUCAAUAGAAUCUGGAAUGUGUUUCUUGGAUAUCAAGUAUCAUACAUGAACCAUGAGUUAGUUUGCGCAAAUUAUUUGUUAAUAAAUAAUUAAUUGUUAAUUAAAUGGAAUCAUCCAUGUAUAAAUUGACUUAAAUUAAUAAAUAGACAAUUUGUAUUAGGUAUCAGCCAUGAAAAAAACAAUCUGCAGAAAAACAUAAUACAUGUAUUACAUAUACGUAAUGGAAGUUGCCUAUUUAUUAAUUGUUUAAGUCAACUUUUACAUGGACCGUUCCAUGUAAUUAACAAUUUAUUGUUUAUUAACAAAUAGAAACAUUUCCGCAACUAACUCAUGGUUUUCGAAUGAUACACAUAAGAAACACAUUCCACCAGGUUUUAGGAAAAAGUGAGCGGUUUAUUUCAUUUUCCUUAAUUAGCCGAUUUUUGUUACAUCUUUUACUGUAGUAGGUAGUGAGUACCAAAAAUAUUGUAACAUUAAUUCUUAGUUUAAGACUUAAACUAAUCCAUAUGUUAAUACUGCCGCUGGAAGUUAAAAACCCGUAUUUCCACAAAAACAAAAUUUUACAGUAAAUUAGAAAAACUCAUUUCUUUAUCCGCUAAAAUUUUGAUAUUUUUU